AUGGAAGGAACGCAGCUAUAUCACAUUCUUGACGUCUCCAAAAAAAGAGUGAGACUUGUCACUCUGCUACCUGGAGACUUCUCAAGGGAUAUUCAUUGCACAUUGACGACGGUCUCUUUGUCAGAUGAGCCAGUUUACGAGAUUCUCUCAUAUGUUUGGGGAAACCCUACAAACAAACGCGACAGUACUCUCCAACGCGUUUCCUUUCCAGUAACCACCAAUUUAGAGUCGGCACUUCGAUAUCUGAGGUAUCGCGAUCUACCAAGAGUUUUGUGGAUCGACGCAAUCUGUAUCAACCAAGAAGAUAUACCCGAACGUGACUCAUAG